AUGUCUCACUAUGGAGGUGGCGGUGGCGGAUACGGUGGUCGCAGUGACGACUACUCCUCGCGCCGCGGUGGCGGCGGCGGCGGCGGGUACGGUGGCGGCGGCGGGGGAGGGUACGGGGGCGGCGGCGGGGGCGGGUAUGGAGGCGGCGGCGGCGGCGGCGGCGGGUUUAGGGGUGGUGGUGGCGGCGGAGACCGAAUGGGAGGCCUCGGCGCCAACCUGAGGAACAUCCAGUGGGACCUCGAGUCGCUUCACAAGUUCGAGAAGAACUUCUACAUCGAGCACCCGGACGUGUCCAAGCGCUCGGAAGAAGAGACCUCCGCCUGGCGCCACAAGUGCGGCAUCGUUAUCCAGGGGGAGGGCAUUCCCAAGCCUGCCAUGACCUUCGAGGAGGCGUCCAUGCCCGAGUACGUGCUGCGCGAGGUCAUGAAGCAGGGCUUCAGCGCGCCCACGCCCAUCCAGAGCCAGGGCUGGCCCAUGGCCCUGCUCGGGCGGGACAUGGUGGGCAUCUCCGCCACCGGUUCCGGCAAGACCCUGGCGUUCUUGCUGCCGGCUAUGAUCCACAUCAACGCACAGCCGUACCUAGAGCAGGGAGACGGCCCGAUUGUCCUGGUCGUGGCGCCUACCCGCGAGCUGGCGGUGCAGAUCAAGGAGGAGUGCGACAAGUUCGGCAGGUCUUCGGAGAUCAAGAACACGUGCGUCUACGGAGGCGUGCCCAAGCGGAUCCAGGUUAACGACCUGAACCGGGGGGUCGAGAUCGUGAUCGCCACCCCCGGCCGCCUUAUCGAUCUUCUCGAGUCGGGAAAGACUAACCUUCGCCGCGUCACGUACCUGGUUCUGGACGAGGCAGACCGCAUGCUGGACAUGGGGUUCGAGCCCCAGAUCCGCAAGAUCGUGAGCCAGAUCAGGCCCGACAGGCAGACGCUCAUGUGGAGCGCUACCUGGCCCAAGGAGGUGCAGGCGCUGGCGCGUGACUUCCUGCACCACUACUACCAGGUGACGGUGGGAUCCCUGGAGCUUGCGGCGAACAAGGACAUCAAGCAGAUCAUUGAGUGCACGGAGGACUUCAACAAGUACCGCAGCCUCAGCAAGCACCUACAGCAGCACGGCCACAACGGCAAGGUGCUGGUGUUCGUGGAGACCAAGAAGGGCUGCGACGCGCUCACCCGGUCCCUCCGGCAGGACGGCUACCAGGCCCGCUGCAUCCAUGGCGACAAGACACAGGAGGAGCGCGACUACGUCCUCAAGGACUUCAAGGGCGGGAACUUCCAGGUGCUGGUGGCAACGGACGUGGCCGCGCGCGGGCUCGACGUGAAGGACAUCCAGAUGGUGAUCAACUUCGACUUCCCCAACAACAUGGAGGAUUACAUCCACCGCAUCGGGCGGUGCGGCCGAGCGGGCGCCAAGGGCGUGGCCGUGAGCUUCUUCGGCUCCAAGAACUCCCGCAACGGCCGCGAGCUCAUCAAGAUCCUAACCGAGUCGGAGAACCACGUCCCGCCGGAGUUGCAACAGAUGCAGAUGAUGGGUGGCGGCGGCGGGGGCCACAGCCGAUACCGCCGCUAGGCCUAAAGGAGCAGAACGGGAAGAGGGGCGUUUUGAUUUUUGCUGAAUUGGUCGGCCGGCUUUUGCUCGCGGGAUAUUGGGGGGGAGUGCGUGGUGCGAUCGAAACAUGUACUUCUGGUUGACUUGAGUAGGCUUAUAUUCGUCGGAAGGUUUUGUGCUCCCUUUCUCGGUCGCUGCGGCGGCGGGUGUCGGUGUCACAACAACGAAGUCUCUCGAGAGGGUUCGGGGGUAAAGCGGUAGAUGGAGGUUGUGGAAGAGUGCCUGGUGUUGAAGACGGGCAUGCAGCGGGGUGUUUUCAUAGCGACUGACUGACUGCUUGUUGAUGGGGGGGGGUACGUAAGGCGUUGUAGGGUUUGGGUGCUGGCGACGAUGGGUCUACUUAUGAUUAGAUAGUGUGCGUUUUUUUAAGGUCGGAGGUACAUAGUUGUGUCGGCCUCUCUCUUCGAAUUGGUCUGGGAUAUAUUUUCUACUGUGAAUGUUUUUUUUGUUUUUUGUCUUGUUUGUUUCCGCCGCCGUGUGGAAACAGCAGUCUCGUUUGCACGACCCUCCAUCUCUUGCCCCUGGGCAAAUAAAAUAAAGGAAAAAAAAGGCCGUGUUGCUUAGACGGCUUACGAGUUCGGUUUUGUGCGUGCCCCUGCGCGCGGCGGCGGUAAGGUAGCAGAGCGCGCGGGUAGUACGUAUGAAACCGCUGUGGCUGUCUCCGACGGUCCUUGUUGCGGUUUGUUGGUUUGGGCGCCCUCUGUGGAUGUAUUGGGGGGUGCCGUCGGGCUCUAUUCGUGACGAGCGACGAGAGGUGAAGGAAGGCAUUGUUACGAGGCCGCGGGGAGGGCGGUAGAGAAGGCCGGCCAGUUAAAGACGGUCGACAAAGGAGAUGGGUCUCACACGUCCGGUGUUGUUCCGUCGUGCCGGUCGCGAGGCAGGCACCGUUUUGGGAGCGACAGCUCCAAUGUUGCGCCCGAGGCGAGAGAUGUGGUGUUGGCGUUGUUGGAACAGGAACGAGGAGCUUCAAAUAUGUAUGCUGUCAAAACACUGAUGGACGAAUCACACAACAGACGAAUCGUGUGCUGUUUCUGUUCUGUCGUGUUUGGGAGUGUGCGUUGGGGUGUUGCUGUACCAAUCAAAGUGUUUCGCGUAUCUAUGCGUCCAUGUCUCCAUAGUGUCAACUUUCGUCCGUAUGCCACGCAUUUUUUGUCGCUGGGUAUGUAGUCUGUAGUACGGAAGAGGCGGUCUCUUUCGGGGCCCCCUCCAGCUUAGCGCGAAUUCUCAACGCAGACCUUCUGUCAGUCUUUCAACAGCCAGCAGCCGUUGGAGGCGUGUUGGGCCAGUAGAGGACGUGUCCGGUUGACUUACCGUGGUAGCGUGGUGACAGCAGGAGUAGGGAGUAGCUGAAAAUGAGAAUCGGGCAAGAGAGACUUUGCGGGUGGUGGACGGAGAAGUCGUGGACGAUCGGUUUCGUCUAAAGGGGAUAGCGUUGGCCGCCAACCAUUGGGUUGAGUAACGAUGUCGGACAUGCCGGCAAGAGCAAAAGAGAACGCGAGGGCGCUGUGGCUCGGGAAACAAUCGAAGAAAUCACCAUAUCUA